UUCCAUCGUGGUCCUGCUCCUCCGCCUCCCAAUCAUCUUCAACGUUUACGAGGUCGACCGGUGCAGGCGGCGUCACCCUGGAGCAGGCCGUGGCGGCGGCGGCGGCCUCCGCCUGCGCGGCGGCGCCCCCGAGCUGCAGCACCAGGAUGCAGCUCUAGGUGCGCAGCCCGGCGCCGCGGCCCUCCGAAGGGGCACCCCGGGCCGGCACCCGAGGUUUCUGUCCUCCAUCCUCCCUCCUCCACCCUCCUCCUCCUCCUCCUCCUCCUCCUCCUCCUCCUCCUCCUCCUCCUCCGUGCAGCCCGCAACUGAAACCUGCUUCUACCGUCGGGCCGAGGUGUCAGGUCGAGGGAUUGCCGAAGGCACCUCCGAGAUAAUUCUAGGGGCUCUCGAGAAGGUCAUGAGAUAUUCAAGACCGCUGAGGACGGUGCACAGGCUACGAGCCUCCCGAAGCCUUCCAAGAUUUGCAUUCGGGCAGUUGCUCGGUGCAUCUUCUUAGAGCAGCAGGAUCUCCUGGGUCCUGCUUAUUCAGCGGCUCUUGAAGCGUCUAUCUGGAAGUGCGCUCCCAUAUGGUGAUCUUUGCGGGAUGAUAUUCGUCCCCAUCCGAUCCUCUGGCAGCGCUUUCAGCUCAACGUGCACGUUCUAUUCAGCGUUAGCUGUAUCAUCUAUGAUCGUUUUGGCCGCUAGGGUGCUCGACCGACGCCAUGGGCGGAUGCAUUGUGGCAGUUCGUUCGCGUAGUCAUUUCUUCCCCUCUCUCCUUUUGCAUUUGUCGGGCUUUGAAGUUUUCGUGGCGUCGCACUGAGCUUGGGCUCAGCUUUGCUGAUCGGCAAUGCUGCGUCUCUUCCGAGCUGGAGCGGCUUGACUCUGGGGCGGUGCUUCGCUGGAGAGCUGCUUCGAGUGUUAGUCGCGCUGCCAUUCCCUUCAGCUUCCCCCCUUCUCCUCCCAAA